AUGGGGACCCUCAGCUGCGACCCUGCCACGCGUCUGGCCACGGUGCCCCUGGCCCGGCGCGUGGCUGAGGGCCACAUCCCAGAGACGGGUCUGAGGAAGACCUGUGGAAUGGCCACACUGGAGAACGGCUCUGGGCCUGGCUUGUAUGUCCUUCCAUCCACCGUGGGCUACAUCAACCAUGACUGCACCAAGACAGCCAGUCCUGCUUACUCGCUCACUCGUAGGCCCAGUGAAGUGCCUCUCCAGGACACCAGUCCGGGGCCGGUUUACUUCUUGGACCCCAAAGUCACCCGGUUUGGCCGCAUCUGUCCUCCCGCCUACUCCAUACAGGGCCGCGGCAAAUCGCGGGAGCUGGAGGUGACCCCAGGCCCAGGGGCCUACAGCCCCGAGAAAGUGCCUCCUGCCGGCCAGAGGAACCCCCCAGCCUUCACCCUGGGCUUCCGCCUGCGCCCCAAGCCGCUGGACACCACGGCCCCCGCCCCCAAUGCCUACACCAUGCCGGCCCUCUGGGGCUCCCAGGUCUUCGUCAAGCCUAGCAGCCCCAGCUACACGGCGGGGGGCCGCACCCCUCCAGUGCGACCCCCGCAGGAUCCCGCCGAGAUGCCAGGCCCUGGCCAGUACGACAGCCCGGACCCCAACACCUACCAGCGCCGCCGGCCGGCCUUCACCAUGCUGGGGCGGCCCCGGGCACCACGGCCCUUGGCGGACACCCCGGGGCCUGGAACCCACAGCCCCGAGCAGGUCACCCUGAACAAGACCAGGGCUCCCGCAUAUACGAUGGGCAUCCGCCACUCCAAGAGGGCCGCCACGCUGGCUGGGGACAUGACACCCUGA